UGGCUGGGCAAUGAAAACCUACACUUGCUGACACAGAAUGAUACUCUCCUUCGGGUAGAGUUAGAGGACUGGGAUGGAAAUGCUGUGUUUGCAGAGUAUCUCGUACAGGUAGGGUCUGAAGCUGAAGGGUACACCCUCACCGUGUCUUCCUACGAGGGCACUGCUGGGGAUGCCCUGAUCACAGGCUGGCUGGAAGAGGGCACCGAGUACACAUCCCAUGCCCAGAUGAAAUUCAGCACCUUUGACCAGGACCAGGACCACUGGGAGGAGAACUGUGCCGAGAUGUAUGGGGGGGGAUGGUGGUACAACAGCUGCCAGGCUGCCAACCUCAAUGGCAUUUACUACCUGGGGGGCCAUUACGACCCCAGGUACAAUGUCCCCUACGAGAUCGAAAAUGGCGUAGUCUGGCUGCCAUUUAAAGCCUCUGACUAUUCCCUAAAAACUGUUAGAAUGAAAAUCAGGCCCAUAGAAACCCUGUAGAAAGACAAGCUUUUAAUGCAUGUUAUGACUACAAGUUGAAAAGAUUUUUUAUAUAUGUAUGUAUGUACGUAUGAUGUACCUUUACCCACUGAAUUUAAAGGCAACUGAGCACAUUUGGAGAUUAAAAAAUAAACAAUGAUCAAUUAUCAACAA